AUGCAGGCUAAACGAGUUGGAAUUAUUGGAUAUGGCCAUUUAGGUGAAUUUUUGGUUACUGAGCUGAAUCGCCUUGAUGGAUUCGAGGUUGUCCGAAUUUGGAAUAGAACACCGAAUCCUGCAAAGAAUGUGCUACCGUUGGAAGAAAUCGAUGACGAUCAACUGAGGGACAUCGAUUUGGUCAUCGAAGUCGCUCAUCCAGCAAUUAUACGUCAGUAUGCUCCUGUCAUAUUAGCGAAUUGCGACCUUUUUAUAGGUUCGCCGACGUGCCUGGCUGAUGCAGAUCUUCUGGAGACGAUUCGAUUGAUGGCAGCGGCGAAAUAUCGCCGUGUUCUUGUGCCGGCUGGUGCCUUCUGGGGUGGUAACGACAUCCAGAAGAUGGCCGAUCUGGGAACCCUGAAG